CCGGCACUGCCAUCUGGGAAAGCCGAAACGAGACUCGGUUUCCUUUGCUGGCUGCAGAGAUGACACUGAUUUCCGUCUGUCUCAGAUCUCUCCUCCCUGGAAGAGUGGGUAGGAUCUGGUUUGAAAGGUUUAUUACCUCCCAACGUGUCCUAUUUUGCCCUCCUUGGCUAAUCUAUGAUGAGGCUAUCAUUGAAUGGUCUUUGUUUCUCUGUACCUUUAAAAAAAAAAAUUAGAUAUGUUUUUUUGGGUGCUUGAGAAGCGGAAGGGGGUGCACACCUGAUUCGAGCAGGGUGCUCUUGGAACACGCCUCACUUCUGGAGGUCACGGGGAUCAAGCUGGGGGCGUGGCCGUCUGUGGCACAGCGGGAGGUAAAGCGCAUGCGUGGAGGUGGGGGCCGAGCAAACCAGCGGAGUGCGGAGUUUGUGUCUGAUGAUUGUGCUGUCCAGCAGCCUGGGAGCCAACCCAGAGGGGACCCUUCUCUUCUCCCCUGCCUCCUUCCUUCCCCGUUCUGCUGCGGCCAACCUGACCGCUCGUGCCGUAGGCUGCGCCUUCAACCCCCUGGAGGGUUCAUCCUGGCUAAGUGGAUCUGGCUCCUACUCCGUGUUUUCCUUCCAGCCUCGACACUCCCACGGACUGGACUGGCGCUUCCUUCCAACUUACAGGCCUUACAGAGACCCAGCCCUGGCCAGUGUGGCCCUCGUGGCGGGGCUGAUGGGGUUGGCGUGGACCUGGAGGCUCUGGUGGCCUGGCCGCCGGACAGCCCAGUGCAGCCGCUGGUGAACGCCACCCACGCGUGGCCGCUCUCCGGGGGCUGGGCCUGCCCGUCACCAGCCAGCUCCGAGGACUCUGGGCCGAGGAAGAGAGGAGCGCCUCCCUGCAGCUCCCCUGUGACUCUCAGGCCACCUUGGUCCUCAGCAUCCGUGGCCAGAACCCGGCAGGCAGCAAGCGGCUGCUCGCAGCCCGGCCUCGCCCCCCCAUCCUCGCUCCUCCGCCCCCGUCCGGCCUCGGCCUCCACCAAGGUUUACAUUCCUGGACCGGCCCCCCAGCCCCCGCCGGGCCCACAAGACCCUCGGGGGCGGGAGGCGGCCUCCCCCAGCGCCUGGCGUCGGGCACCGCCCCCCCGCCCGGCCUCCCAGCAGCCGGACCAGAUGCCACAGCCUUUCGGGCUGAGCCAGCGCCGCCUGCACUUCCGCGCUGCAUCAGGAGCUUCUAGGGGUGUGCCCAGCACCCCGGGCACGCAGUAG